CUCAACCGAGCAGUCAAGCUGCUAUAGGUGUAGCUCUCAGUCUCUCACAGCCACUACAGCAGCUAAAGCCUAGCUCAUCACACUCCUGCCAUGAACACUCGAGGCAGUGGCAGCAGCAGCGGCGGCAGCAACCAGACCCUCAUGGCGUUCUCCGAGCAGAAGCCGGCGUCGGGCCAGCCGCAGCCGUCCCCGCCGUCGUCGCCGAGCGAGCGGCCGCCAGCGGGGCGCGGCCGCCGGCGCGCGCAGGAGCCCGGGCGGUUCCUGGGCGUUCGCCGGCGCCCGUGGGGCCGGUACGCGGCGGAGAUCCGCGACCCGACGACCAAGGAGCGGCAUUGGCUGGGCACGUUCGACACGGCGCAGGAGGCGGCGCUGGCCUACGACCGCGCCGCGCUGUCGAUGAAGGGUGCGCAGGCGCGCACCAACUUCGUGUACACGCACGCGGCGUACAACUACCCGCCGUUCCUGGCGCCGUUCCACGCGCAGGCGCCGUCGUCCCUGCAGUACGGGCAGCACGGCGGCGCGCCGCACAUUGGCUCGUACCACCACCACCACUACCAGGCCUCGGCAGGCGGCGCCGGCUCCUCCUCGUCGUCGGGGGAGUGCUCGGCGCCGGCGGCCGUGGAUCGCGCCGACGGGACGCUGCUGAUGGACCGCAACGGGCACGACUUCCUGUUCGCGAGCGCGGACGACAGCUCCGGGUACCUGAGCAGCGUGGUCCCGGAGAGCUGCCUCCGGCCGCGGAGCAGCGCGGCGGCGGUGGAGGACCUGCGGCGGUACUCGGACGCGGACGCCUACGGGAUGGGGAUGGGCCUCCGGGAGGACGUGGACGACCUGGCGCAGAUGGUGGCCGGGUUCUGGGGCAGCGCCGGCGGCGACGCGGACCAGCUGUGCGGGUUCCCGUCCGGCGGCGGCGACAUGGUGGCGUCGUCGCAGGGGUCCGACGGCUACUCGCCCUUCAGCUUCCUCUCCCACUGAAUUCUGAGCCGCCGGGUAGUUUGCGUUGCUCAGCUCAAUUAGUUUGCUUGUGAUGAUGAUCGAUCUUGAUCAGUGCCCUGUUUCUUUCGAGAGCUCGAUCAGUGAGUGAGUAGUAUAGUAGUGUUAGCAUUUAGCAUCAUCAGCAGCAGUAGAGCAAGAUGAUCUAGUGGCUUGGCGCCCUAGCUUGUUCAUGUACUUUUAGGCUCUUCUUCAGUCGUCUUCUAGUACUACUAGUACGUAUACGUUACGUACCGAGUUUCAUCUUCCAUGCAUGGAUCAUGGAUGAUUAGUCAGUAACUAAUUUCUA